UUAUCUCUGCUUCUCUUUUCAUUUUUUCUUUCUCUGCUAGUUUGUUUGAAUCGUAAAAAGGCAAAGUAGAGAGAUGUCAGGGCCUCAAUGCUGUGAAAACCCACCUACCCUCGACCCAAACUCUGGGAAAGGAACUGUUGAAGAAUUUGGAGGACUGAAGAGCUACCUCACUGGUUCAUUGGAUUCCAAGUCUGCUAUCCUUCUUGUCUCUGACAUUUUUGGAUUUGCAGCACCAAACUUGAGGAAGCUGGCAGACAAAAUUGCAGAUGUGGGAUAUUUUGUGGUGGUUCCUGAAUUCAUGCAUGAUGAUCCCUAUGACCCUGACAAUGCUGAGAGACCUCUAAUGGUAUGGCUACAACAAGAUCACGGAUGGGAAAAAGGAGUUGAGGAGGCUAAACCAAUUGUUGAAGCUAUAAAAAGUAAAGGCUUUACCACAAUUGGGGCUGCUGGCUUUUGCUGGGGUGCCAAGGUGGUUGUGGAACUAGCAAAGGAAGGUUAUAUUCAAGCUGCAGUGCUUUGCCAUCCUUCAUUUGUCACUGUAGAUGACAUCAAGGAUGUUAAGGCUCCCAUGGCAGUCCUUGGAGCUGAAAUUGACAACUUCUCUCCACCAGAUACUGUGAGACAAUUUGAGGGAGCUUUAACGGUUGAUGGAUAUGUGAAAAUUUUCCCUGGGGUAGCACAUGGAUGGACAGUGAGGUACGAAGUUGAUGAUGUAGAAGCUGUGAAAAUUGCUGAGGAAGCCCACCAGAACAUGUUGGACUGGUUUGCCAAGUAUGCCAAGUGAAGAGCAGAAAUAUAUAUACAAGAGGA